AUGUGUCGACUUCCUGCUCCGCCCCCUUGCGAGAGGGCCGGAACCCAGCGCUCUUCGGAAAACGCGGAGUGGAUUCCGGUCCGCUACACGCGUGGUGGGGGAGACCUGGGGUCACCAGCCCCCCCCACCCCUCGCACUCGCUGGUACUGUCCCCCGCCACCACAGGCCCCUGUGUCCGUCUGGGAUGAGGAGGAGGAUGGUGCCAUCUUUACUGUCACAAGCCGCCAGUAUCGGCCUCUUGAUCCCCUGGCCCCAACGCCUCCCCCGCGUUCCUCUCGAAGGCUCCGAGCUGGCACUCUGGAGGCCCUGGUCAGACACUUGCUGGAUGCUCGGACAUCAGGGGCUGACGUGACCUUCACAUCAGCUUUCCUGGCCACCCACCGGGCCUUCACCUCCACGCCUGCCCUGCUAGGGCUUGUGGCUGACAGGCUGGAAGCUCUUGAAUCUCAUCCUACUGAUGAACUAGAGAGGACAAUAGGGGUAGCCAUCUCUGUACUGUCAACCUGGCUGGCCUCUCACCCUGAGGAUUUUGGCUCUGAGGUCAAGGGUCAGCUUGACCGGCUUGAGAGCUUCUUGCUUCGGACAGGGUAUGCAGCAGGGGAGGGUGUUGGGGGGGGCAGCGCUGACCUCAUCCGCAACCUCCGGUCCCGGGUGGACCCCCAGGCCCCAGACCUUCCUAAGUCCCUGGCCCUCCCCGGCGACCCCCCUGCUGACCCCACGGAUGUCCUGGUGUUCCUCGCUGACCACUUGGCCGAACAGCUGACCCUGCUAGAUGCGGAGCUGUUUCUCAAUCUGGUCCCCUCUCAGUGCCUGGGGAGCCUGUGGGGUCAUAGAGACCGGCCAGGACAUUCCCACCUCUGCCCAUCCGUCAGAGCUACUGUCACACAGUUCAACAAGGUGGCAGGGGCUGUGGUCAGCUCUGUCCUGGGGGCUACCUCAACUGGAGAGGGGCCUGGAGAGGUGACCAUUCGGCCACUCCGUCCUCCCCAGAGGGCUCGGCUCCUGGAGAAGUGGAUCCGUGUGGCAGAGGAGUGUCGUCUGCUCCGAAACUUCUCUUCGGUUUAUGCUGUUGUGUCGGCCCUGCAGUCCAGCCCCAUCCACAGGCUUCGAGCAGCCUGGGGGGAAGCAGCCAGGGACAGCCUCAGAGUCUUCUCCAGCCUCUGCCAGAUUUUCUCCGAGGAGGAUAAUUAUUCCCAGAGCCGAGAGCUCCUCCUGCAGGAGGCGAAGCUGCAGCCCUCUCUGGAGCCAAAUUCCAAGAAGGCCCCGAGGUCUGGCUCCCGGGGUGGGGGUGUGGUCCCAUAUCUUGGCACCUUCUUGAAGGACCUGGUGAUGCUGGAUGCAGCCUCCAAGGAUGAGCUGGAGAACGGAUACAUCAAUUUUGACAAGCGGAGGAAGGAGUUUGCUGUCCUUUCGGAACUGCGGCGGCUCCAGAACGAAUGUCGUGGCUAUGACCUCCGACCUGACCCUGAUAUUCAGCGGUGGCUACAGGGGCUCCGGCCACUGACAGAGGCCCAGAGCCAUCGAGUAUCCUGUGAGGUGGAGCCACCUGGUACCAGUGACCCUCCUGCCCCACGGGUGCUUCGGCCAACGCUGGUCAUCUCACAGUGGACAGAGGUUCUGGGCUCUGUUGGAGGUCCCACCCCUCUUGUCUCCUGGGACCGGCCCAGUGUCGGGGGAGGUGACGUACCUGGAGCCCCUGCCCCUCUGCUGACGCGGCUGGCCCAGCACAUGAAGUGGCCAUCUGUCUCAUCUCUGGACUCUGCCCUGGAAAGCACUCCAUCUUUGCACAGUCCGGCUGACCCCAGCCACCUCUCUCCCCCAGCGUCCUCUCCCAGGCCUUCUCGAGGUCACCGCCGCUCUGCCUCCUGUGGCUCCCCACUCAGUGGGGGUGCAGAGGGGGCCUCCAGGGGGACUGGAUGUGGGGGAGGGGGGCCUGGGCCAGGGGCCUCUGAUUGCCGAAUCAUCCGAGUCCAGAUGGAGCUGGGGGAAGAUGGUAGCGUCUACAAGAGCAUCUUGGUGACAAGCCAGGACAAGGCUCCGAGUGUCAUUAGUCGUGUCCUUAAAAAAAACAAUCGUGAUUCUGCAGUGGCUUCGGAGUAUGAGCUAGUGCAGCUGCUACCGGGGGAGCGAGAGCUGACCAUCCCACCCUCGGCUAACGUCUUCUACGCUAUGGAUGGAGCUUCGCACGAUUUCCUUCUACGGCAGCGGCGAAGGCCCUCUCUUGCUACACUGGGUCUCACCAGCAGCCCCUCUGCCUCAGGAACUCCCCCAAGUGAGGGAGGAGGGGGUUCCUUUCCCAGGAUCAAGGCCACAGGGAGGAAGAUUGCCCGGGCACUGUUCUGA